AUGGACGCUUCCUCCCUCCGCAUCUCCAAGUUCGAUGGAACUAACUUCCACGCCUGGAAGUUCAAGAUGCAGAUGGUGCUGGAGGAACGGGACCUAUGGGAGGUCGUCAGCGGUGAGAUCAAGGCGGAACAGUGCGAGACUCAGUUGGACCAAGCGACGUACAAGAGGAAGUCAAGAAAGGCGAUGGCAGUGAUCUGUCUAGCCAUGGAAGAUUCCCAGCUACCGUUGGUCCGGUCGGCAAGUGGUGCAUGCGACGCAUGGUCAAGGUUGGAAGACCACUUCGAGAAGAAGAGUCUUGCCAACAAGCUGUUCUUGCGCCGUCGCUUCUUCACGAAAAUGAUGGAAGAAGGCGACGAUGUGCUCGAACACAUCAACAAGCUCAAGACGCUGGCGGAACAGCUAGAAGCGGUGGUGGCUCCAGUCUGCGAGGACGAUCUGGUGAUCACACUUCUCGGCGGCCUGAGUGACUCGUAUCAAUUCUUGAUCACAGCUUUGGAGUCGCGCUCAGACACUCUUAGCUGGGAGCUCGUGACGUCUCGACUGCUUCAUGAAGAAAUGAAGCGGAAGGAGCAAGGAAGUAAAGGUGAUGAAGCUUCGCAAGGUCAAGCGUUCAUCACAAGGGACAAUCAGCGCAAAGGGCGACCAGUGAAGAAGUCCUGGCCGUGCCACAAUUGCGGAAAGAUUGGUCACUGGAUGGCGGAGUGCCCCUCGCGCAUCCAAGAAAACACGGAGGGACACCGGCCACAGCGCGCUCAAGACAGUGGCGACCGUUAUCGAUCACAACGUGCAAAUGUCGCUCAAGAAAAAGACUCGGACGACUACCUCUUCUCGAUCGGUGAAACGACAUCUGCGAAAUCAAGCGACAUCUGGCUGGUCGACUCCGGGGCGACGCAGCACAUGACGUGCUCCAAGAAGUUCAUGCGGAACUACAAGGUGUUUGACGCUGUGGAUGUCCAUCUCGCGGAUGAUGGAACCGUCCAAGCAGUCGGCAGUGGGGACAUUGUCAUGUCGAUGAAGACACCCCAAGGGAUGAAGAAAGGUGUGCUCACAAACGUGUGGCACAUCCCAAAGUUAUCCAGAAACCUGUUCUCGGUCGGCCGCUUCACCAAGGAUGUCGGCCCAGUGACGUUCACGAAGGAUGGGUGCUAUGGAGAAGCGAAAGGGACCAAGUGGAAAAUUGGUGCCCGUGAAGGUAAAGGACUGUUCAAGCUGCAAAUGACUCCAGUGGCGCCGGAACAAGCAAAUGCAGCCAAGUCGUCGGGAUGUCAAGGGGGCACCAAGUCGUACCUCUGGCACCUUCGGCUUGGCACACAUAGGUCACGAUGGACUCAAUUGCAUCGUGACGAAGAACAUUGGAAUUGGCAUCGACAUAUCUUCGGUGAAGAAGUGGGACGUGUGUGA